CCGGUGUUUUUCCACUGCAGGAGGAUGGGGGAUGCUGGGCGCUCCCUCAGCCGGCGAGCACGGGAGGUCAGGGAAAAAAAGGGCUUAUAAAUCACCCCGCGCCGCCCGCCGGCCCCGCUAGUCGCGCCGCUGCCUCCCGGGACGCGCCGCCGGCUCUGGACACCCGCGCCCGGCCCGGCCCGCACUCAGGAAGAGAAAAUCCAUUCAGGACAAACUCUUCUUCAUGCCUCCCUACUGUACAAAUUCAGACCUCUUGAAAAGAGGACAAAGAACACGCAUCUCCCCAGAUUUUUAAAGAGGAAGCACCGUGGUAAGAAAAAAUAUCUUUAAGUAAAGAGGAUUCAAAAAGGGGAGGAGGAAAAAAAUACACGAUGGUGUGAUGACCUUGAGUUGCAGCCUAGAAUCUGGAGCCCAUUGGAAUGCAGAUUUAAAGCUCUCUCUCUCUUAAUUUUGACGCCAUAAAUGGAUAAUUGAAAGCUCCAUAACUGCAAUGUUUACUUUAAAAUGGAUCAGUAAUAUAAAUUUAUGGCCUGUGGGCCAUAUAUACAUUACAGCCUUCCACCACCUGCCGUAGGCAAGCUGCCAAAGGCAAGCUUUAAGCAACAGAGCCUCUUUCCUGGUUCUGUGUGUGAAAUAUUCUCUCUCAGAUUUGACGUCUACAUCUCUGCCUGUCUGUAAUUGCUAUAUGUGUGCCUCGGUGCAUUGGCUCCCUUUGGCUUCUUCAACAGUAUGAAUUUCCAAAAGAGAGAGAAACUCCAGGGAUGUGAAUAGAAAGACUAUUGUCAAGUGCCAGGAUGGUGAGACUUGCGGAUAGAAACCUCUCCCAGGCCUUGUGAACUUUCAGAAUGGUGUAAAUUCCCAUGGAUAUGAAUUCUCAGAUCGGGAUUAAUCCCCGUGGAUUGUGAAUGAUCAAAAUGAGACUCUUCGGUAAAGUUAAACUUUCAGAACUUAAGACCCCCCCUCAGAAUGUGAACUUUCCAAAGGAUAUAAAAAGCUCAGGGAUUUCGAACCUCAAGUGGUUCAUCCCUCAAAUAUAAGUACAUUCUCAGAAGUUCCUUCGUCAGGAAUGGGUCUCCAGACACAGGAAGUAUAUGAAGGGUCACGUGGCAGGAAGUGGCCAUUUUGAAAAAGGACUCUUUGUGACAAUAACCAGGCAUUUGUAUUAUAAUGAUAAGAAAGGGACCAUCUUAUUCUUGUCACUUUGCGACAAAUACUACCACGAUUCAUUACUUUCCAUCAGUGCAUCAUCCUAUGGAGGAAUCACCACUGCCUAUCCACAUUGAGGAGGGGACAGAAGUCCCGAUUGAGAUCAGAGGUAUGGCCACAAAGGAAAAGCUUCAGUGCUUGAAAGAUUUCCACAAGGACAUCCUCAAACCUUCCCCUGGCAAGAGCCCAGGGACACGUCCUGAGGAUGAAGCAGAGGGAAAGCCGCCCCAGCGGGAGAAGUGGGCGAGUAAGAUUGACUUCCUGCUCUCUGUGGCUGGUGGAUUCAUUGGUUUAGGCAACGUCUGGCGGUUUCCGUAUCUCUGCUAUAAAAAUGGCGGAGGUGCAUUUCUUAUACCUUAUUUUAUUUUCCUGUUUGGGGGAGGUCUUCCUGUAUUUUUCCUGGAAGUGGCUCUAGGACAGUAUACCUCUGAAGGGGGAAUUACAUGCUGGGAGAAGAUCUGCCCUAUUUUCACUGGAAUUGGUUAUGCUUCCAUAGUGAUCGUGUCCCUUCUGAACGUGUACUACAUUGUCAUCCUGGCUUGGGGCCUGUACUAUCUGUUCCAGUCAUUUCAGAGCGUCCUACCCUGGGCUCAUUGUCAUCAGGAAUGGAACACACCUACAUGUGUAGAAGACACUCUCAGGAAGAACAAAACACUUUGGAUGUCACUGAAUGCCACUAACUUCACUUCCCCCGUCACAGAGUUUUGGGAGCACAACGUACUGAGCUUGUCCUCAGGAAUUGAGGAAGUCGGUGUCGUCAAGUGGGAUCUAGCACUGUGUCUCCUUCUUGUCUGGGUGAUAUGUUUCUUCUGCAUUUGGAAAGGAGUCAAGUCGACCGGGAAAGUUGUGUACAUCACUGCCACAUUCCCAUUUGUUAUGCUUCUCGUGCUGUUAAUCCGUGGUGUGACCCUGCCUGGCGCUGCAGAAGGCAUCAAGUUUUAUCUAUAUCCCGAUAUCACACGAUUGGCAGACCCACAGGUAUGGAUAGAUGCAGGGACACAAAUCUUCUUCUCGUAUGCAAUCUGCUUAGGAGCAAUGACUUCCCUGGGAAGCUACAACAAGUACAAAUACAACUGCUAUAGGGACUGUUUGCUGCUGGGAUGCCUGAACAGUGGUACCAGUUUUGUGUCUGGCUUCGCAAUUUUUUCCGUCCUGGGCUUCAUGGCACAAGAGCAAGGGGUGAACAUUGCUGAUGUGGCAGAGUCAGGUCCAGGCCUGGCCUUCAUCGCCUACCCAAAAGCUGUGUCCAUGAUGCCGCUGCCCACCUUCUGGGCAAUCCUUUUUUUUAUUAUGCUUCUGUUGCUUGGACUGGAUAGCCAGUUUGUUGAAGUUGAAGGACAGAUCACAUCAUUAGUUGAUCUGUACCCAUCCUUCCUAAGGAAGGGUUACCGACGGGAAAUCUUCAUCGCUAUAGUAUGUUUCCUAAGCUAUCUUCUGGGACUAACUAUGGUGACUGAAGGUGGCAUGUAUGUUUUUCAACUCUUUGACUACUAUGCAGCUAGUGGUGUAUGCCUUUUGUGGGUUGCAUUCUUUGAAUGUAUUGCUGUAGCCUGGGUUUAUGGCGCUGAUAAUAUUUAUGAUGCCAUUGAGGAUAUGAUUGGAUACAGACCUGGUCCCUGGAUGAAAUGGAGCUGGAUUUUAAUCACACCAGUUCUUUGUGUGGGGUGCUUUAUCUUUUCCUUGGCCAAGUAUAAACCUCUGACCUACAACAAGGUCUACACAUAUCCUGACUGGGCAAUUGGUCUGGGUUGGGUUCUUGCCCUUUCCUCCAUGAUCUGCAUCCCGAUGGUGAUGGUCAUACGCAUCAUACAGUCAGAUGGAUCGCUCAUUGAGAGGAUAAAAGCAGUGGCUGCCCCCAAGGAAGUGAAUCGGUGGGCCAAGGACAGAGGAAGCGCCACUCCAUUUUGCGCCAAUGGAACUGCUAAUGGCGGAUUGAUCAAGCCAACUCAUAUCAUUGUGGAGACUAUGAUGUGAGCUCUCUCUAUGAGAGGAUAAACCUGCUUUAACUGCCGUUUACUAACCAUAGAUUCUCAUAGGACCAGGUUUACAGAGCUUUAUAUUUGCACUAGGAUUUAUUUUUAUUUCUCACAGAGAAGUUAUUUUUUGUGUGUGUGGUUUUUUUUGUUUUGUUUUUUUUUUUAAAUAUUUUGUAAGGUAAUCACAGCAGACACCUCUCUGGGGAGGCCAAGCUUUCAUAUCAGACUAGAUAUAUUACAGGAAUUUACUAUUAUUGGGUUUUUUAAGUAUAUAUCUAUCUCUAAAUAUUGUACUCCUUACCACUUGAAUUGAUUGUCUUGCCAGCAAUAUAUUCAAGUCUCGGACAGCCAGGUUUAGGUGCUGGUGUGGUGGGGAACAGGGUCAACCCUAGAACACACAAAUGAGCUCUGUUGAGAGGUCUUUUUUUUUUUUUUCCUUUUUUUUUAAAGAAAAAGAAAACAACAGAUAUUGCUCUGAGAGUUUGUUUUUCAAAGGUGUAGUACUUUUGUUUUCCUCUGGUUCAAAUGAGGCGAAUGACAGACUUCAGGUUCACAUCAGGAAAAGGGUACUGAACACUGUGACAUUUGUCAUGGUCCAUGCUAAAAAAUGUACAUAUUUGCUCAAUGGGAGGUGAGACGUUUGGAGUGGAGGAGAAGCGGUUAGGAACAAAAGACCAAUCAGGAUCAUUGUCAUUCCUGAGCACAGCUGAGGAGCUUCAUCACUGUGGAAGGCAAUGACCGCAGAAGAGAGCAAGUUUGCCAACUCAGCCCUCUUUACUCUAGCAAAAUUUUGACUGCCUGCAGCAAAAGGUUUGUGCGAGUCUGAAGUUCUGGACACAACCCCUUAGUUUUCCUGCACGCUGUAUUUUAGUCGAGGGGGUACUUGAGUUCAACUUAAAUUUUGCUGCAACAGAACACUAGGCUUUUCUGGAGAAAAGCAUGCAAGUGCCGAAGAGCUGAGUUAAGAGAAGGCAGCAUUUGGUAUCUGUGGAACUCCAAAACCAAAAAAAAAAAUGGGAAAGAUGUUUGGGAUUGUUUUUAUUCAACUAUUGGGCUUUGAUAUCAGAAGAAAAACACCUUGAGGAUUCCAGUUAACCUAGCAGCUAUUCACAACAAGUGCAUUUGCAGUAACAACAAAAAAUGACACGAGUACUUAAGCACAGACUCAGGUGCUUUUCAUCCAUCUAGCCCCACAUGCUCUACCAAUGUAAGGAUUAUCCUGAUUUGUUUGCUGUUUUUCUUACUAUUGGGGAAGCAGGCAAAGGACAGGGGCCAUGAAGUGGUUUACCCAUGUUUCGGAAAGGCACUGGUAGAACUGGACCCUUGACCCCCCCAUUACCCUGUUCUGUCACUGGACCAUGUUGCCAUCGUUUUUGCUUCUGUUGGUGAAUGCAUUUAUGGGGGCUGGGACUCUGUCUUCUAGGAGAUAGGGCGUUAGGGGUUUCAAGUGAAGAGUCAGAACGGUAUGUGAUUUUCUUUGGUUUUAAAGCAUUACCUAGCAUUCCAGUUUAAAGAAAUUUAAGUAAGGCAGUGCUAAGCUUCUAAAAAGCUGGACUGCUGUAGCUGAGCUGAGUAUUGAUCAGCCACCAAUAUCCCUAGGCCAAAUUAAGAAUUAUAGUAAGGGUUCAACUCCCUAAAGAAUUUCCAACUUUCUGAGAGAACCAUGUUUCAUUAACAAUAGUGUGUUUUGGCAGGGAGACUCUGCAGGAAACCAGCUCUUUCUAGUUGGGCAUCAUUCUUUGGAAAGAAUCCUCCCUUAUGUGGUACCAUGGUUUGGCUAUCCAAAGGGAUGUGGAGAAAAGGCUUGAUUCAGUAGCAAAGUCAUACCUGCUCACACUUUUGGCAGCAGAGUCCGUUAGUAGCAGAUUCUGCCAUUUAAAGAGCAACAUAUCCAAUUCUUAACAUUCCUACAUUUGCAAAAAAAAAGUCCCACGUGCUAGCUAGCCACUGCACCACACACACAUGCUCUUUCUAGUCUUGUAGAUACUCAUGUCAAACAGACAGGGCAAUUUAGAAGUUCACAAUGGACCAAAACCAAAAUAAUAAUAAUAAAAAGCUAACUUCUGUAGGUUGAGCGUUGCUUUAGGUUGAGUCUAUCUGUGUUUUUAAAUUGGGCGGGGGGGGGAGGGGGGAGCAGGAGGGUUCUUGUUCCUUCUUCUUCCAGGAACAAUAACUGCCAAUAUGAUAUUGCUUUGGUUUGCUUUUCCAGUUACUGUAGUAUGAAAGGAAACACAUCCACAAUUUGUGAUGAGAAAUAUGACAUCUCACUAGGCUUGCCCAUUGGCAGUAGUCAUUUUUAGGCCACUCCAGAUGUCUUGGAAAUCCCUCUGGGCUGCCCUAAGCCAAUAUGAUUCCAAGUGGAUUUUUUCAGAACUUUAUGCAAGGGGAAAAAAUACUGUAUUAAAAAAACAACCUUUAAUCAAGCAAAAUCAAGAGGGUUGAGUUGAAGCUAAUGCUGUCUAUAAUUCAUGCUAUAAACAAUUGAGGAAACAAGAAAAACAUGAUCCAAAGUGCAUUCAAGUCAAUGAAAGAACUCACUGACUGUUGCAGGCUUUGGAAUAGGUCUGUAAUCUUGCACAGCAUCCUGUCACACUUAGUGUACACAUGACAAAAACAUGAAUUAAAAUCAGAGCAUGAGGCUCAUGGUUAAAUCCCUUGCUUCUGUUGGGAUACAUUAAAAUAACAUUGAUGCUUUGACAUGGUAUUUGGUUAAGCACACACCUGUUACCCCAGCAUGCACCUGCAUUAGGUGCUGCAUAUCUGGACAAAAAAUUGUAUGACAUUUCACUUGCAUAUUGAGAUUUCAAAAGCAUCUGAUGAGCCCGAGAUGGAGAUUUCACCAUGCAUCACUCAUUGUGGAGGGUGGCUUUGAAUUAUGAACCAGAGGAUCAGUGCUACACCUUUAAAGGAGAACUGGAGCCCAGCCCCUUUUUUUGACCUAACCGUGCCAUUCAAAUCAGUUGCUUCCAUGUUCCAAAUGAAAGCGUCACGCUCAUACACAGUGACCUCACUGAGGCUCUUUUGGGGCACGUUUCUGGCCCUGACGUACUGUUUAGCCUGACUGCAAGGAAGGGCUGGACUGAGGAAGAGCAAUUGAAUCAUCCUUUCAGCAAAACACUCACUCCAAAAGACUCCGCUCCUGCUAAGUUAUGAGUUCCAAUGAGCAUGUUCAUUUUGGUUUUUUUCCAUUUUCCCCUAAGAAUUCUGAAUUUUACUUGAUGGUAAAUUUGCAUUGCAACGUUAUAUUCUGCCAAAUUAAAAAAAAACAAAAAACAUUUGUAUUUUUUACCUAUUUAUGAUUGUAAACAUGACUAAUUUUUCUAAUUUACAUUGUAGAAACAUGACCUAUUCUACCUGUCUUAUGUAACUGAUAAAUUAAAUAUUAAACUAUUGCAACUGUUUGUAGAUUAACUGGUUUGGAGCCACAAGAGAAAUAUCCCAACUUGUGGGCCAAAACCUUGAAACAAAAUGUAUGCGUUUCCAAAAAAAACCCCCAAACCUGUUUGUUUUCUGUGACAUUUAAUGCACCUUUAUACCUUGUAGUUUCUACUGGGUUUGGAAAUGGCAUUUUCAAGUUAGCUGAAGUCAGAAAGUAUGGGGAAGAUUUCUCCCAGAAGAUUUUCAAAUUAAGCAGUUCCAAUUAUCAUCUGAAAUUUGGGAUUCUUACCUAAAGCAAACCUGCCAUGCUCUGUCGGUUCACCGCUCAUUAGUCAUGAUCUCAUUGGCUUGGCAUCUAUUACAGUGACAUAUCCAGUAGUCCAUCCUUUGAUAGUUAUACCAUGUUGUUUCAUUCAUAGUAUUAGUUUUGGUCCUCAUUCACUUUCCUUUUCAUUUGUGCAUUGAUGAAUUUAGUCCAGUUAAAUCCAUAAGCCUCGAAAAGCACUUUCUGAAGUGUAAGAUACUGGAUACAAAAUGGGUCUGUUCCUGUGCAGCAAAUACAAUCACGGGAGCACAGCAGUUCUGUGUACCAUCUGAAAAAUGCUAGUAUUCAACCUGAUUUGCUGGAUUGGGAUGUGGGUCAGCAAAACUGAUUUGCAGUCAUGCACUUAGGAGGCAAAAGCAGCCCGCAGCCUUCUAAAUAUAACAAGAUAAACCAUCAACAGGGCAUGUUUAUCAUGCCAUACCUCCAACAUUACCUCUGGCUGAUCUGAGCCCUGGCUUGCUGUUAGUGUAGUAUGAAUCCUACCUUCUUAGGUGCGUGUGUAUGUGGUUAUCCGGUCUCUGUCCUGCAUUUCUCUAAAGGAUUUCAUUAGGACACGUGAAAACAUCCAGCUGAUACACGUUAAAAGCCUCAUCUUGGCCUGCUAGAAUUUGUUGAGCACAACUAUGCUUUUUACUUGUCACACCUGGGAUAACUUGGGUUCAGACCUUACAGCUGCAGAUAUCAGUGUCUAAACCCCUUCAAUGGGAGAAUUGAAGCCUGAGAGCAAUUGGUUACAAACCCCAUAUCUUGGGCUCACUGAAUGCCUGGGUGGAGAGAUAUAGUGGUAAAUAAUAAGUUAAAUAAGCUCUGUAUUGAGUAGAGUAGACAGGGGCUAACAGCAAUUCAAGUGGACUUGGGGAAAAAAAAAAUAGAUGGCUAACAUCACCUCCAGGAAAUUCAGCAUAUUUUUCCUACUUCCUGUAGCAACGACAGUGAUGUUUCAUUAGAAUACCAAAUGAGACCCACCACCAGACGUGUACACACACACACACAUACACACGUGGUUAGGAGAGAUGGUUUUUUUACUUUGGAGUUACACAUUAUAGGUCUUGGGAGAUGACCUGAUUAGGCACUCCUGGCAAAGUAUGCUGGUCUUAAGAAGAAAAAAAAAGUCAUUCCUCCUUCUUAGGAGUAUUUUAUAGCAUGAAUGCCAUGUCACCUCACUUGAAGAUUCACAGUGAUGGACUGUAGAGGGAAUGGGAAAAGUUUAGCCAGUCUUCACACACAAGAAGCCUAACAUUCAAGACAGCCUCUAGUGAAUAGUGAUGCGAUUAAACAAAAGCCUGAAAUCCAACAUGGGUGAACUUUGGGGAAGAUUGGGUCAGGGAUAAAAAUAAUAGCUACCCCUUCUGUCUAUAAUAGGCUGUAGAGAAACCACAGAACAACACAUCCCCCAAGCUUUGGGAGAGCUCAGAUAUGUAUCUAGCCAUCAUAGCUUGGGCUGAUCCCUUCCAGAGUUACAAGCCUUGCAUUUAGGAUUAAGAGAGGUUAUUAAACCUUGGAUUAGACUAGUUUGGGAACCAUCAGGAUAUAAUGUUUAAUCUUUGAUAAUUAGUUUUAACCUAAGCUACAGGUGCCCUGAAUGGCAUACACUUGCUCACACAGGAAUUAGUAUUACCUAGGGUACAUUGGUUUUACACCUGUGUGAAGUAUCACUAAUAUAUUUUGAGAUGCCUCAGGAAAGGAAAGCAGAGUAUCUCGACAACUCCCUGCUCCUGACAAAGAAAGCAUCCCUAAAGCAACUAGUGACACUUCACAGAUGACAGAAAACCAAUUAAUGCUCCUGUCGGAUCUUUUUCUGAUGAAAAAAAUGGCCUAUAUCUGCCCAAAUUAAAAUCUUCACAUCAAAUAGUUGUUUCAUUUAACUUUUCACAUCUUAUUCCAAUGAAAAACAAAUUGGCAUGUUUUCAGUUUGGGAUGGUUUUCAGGAACUAAAUCAAGAACUAAAAAAAAAAAAAAUCUGAAGAAGGUCAACAAAGGACAACUUUAGGUUUGAUUUAAACUCAGAAAGAAGCAAAUAGCGAUAGUUGGCAAGGAAACAGGCAAAGCUGCUUAAAAAAAUUAGAUUGGAAAAUCCAUGAGACAUUCUACCAAUUUCUCUUGCUAUUUUUCACCAAAACUGAAUUUUGAUAGAAAAUGUUACUGAAAUGGUUGAAACUCUCAGCUUCCAGACAAUCCCAUCAUUGAUGGAAACUGGUUGAAAAAACAUUCAACAACGUUGUUGUUAGCAUAUCCACAAAAAAAGUCAGAAUUGGAAAUAAAUCUUGCUGGGGCUAAACAAAUUGCACUCCCUGAGCAGCAUGGAAUUUAAAAUAGGUCUAACCGAGAGCACCGCAGGUUUGCAGAGCAAGACUGAAACCUUCAUUUCAGUGCAUUAUCUUUGUCACCUGUCCUGGAGCACAUGCAAACCAUUUAAACAGCCUUAAGUGAACGAAUAUCUAAUGGCCCAAGGUGUGAGAUUUGACACCCAAACAAGAGUACUGGGAGAGCAGAAAGUGAAGCCUGAUUGGGACUAGAGGACUUGCUUCUUUAUUGUGGAACAUAUUGUCUAUAGAUUGCUGAUCUCUGCUUCUGCAUCUGAGAUGUAAAAAAGGUUGUAUAGUAGAAAAAAUGGGAGAACUCCAGUGUUGAGAUUUUGCGGAGAAGCCAAAACAUCAAGGGUCUUUUAGAAUUGGUUUAUGAUCGGCUUCUGUCCAAAAACCCAAGGAUGUUCUCUCAUUGGAUUCAAAGUAUUGCUCUGAAACAUGUGCUGUUUUACUAGGAUGUUGUUUUCUCAGUGUAAUGUUGUGAUUGUUACCUGAUAGCUUUCCAGGGACUUCACAUUAUAAGAGGUGGUCCAUCUUGUUUGAUGUUUUUGGCUAAAAACAGUGGUGGUUUUUUAAAACAUCAUUUAAGUUCCUAAAAACUGUGACUGUAACAUGUGAUGAAUAGUACAUGGCAGACUGAGGACAUGUCCGUGUCCUCCUUUAAAAAGUCAUCUGAACUUUUUUAAAAACAUUUUUAAAACAUUUUAAAAGUUUUUUGUUCCAGGAAGAAAUAUUUGUAUUUGAAUAAGAUCCUGGAGUGUAACUUAAUCCUAAAACUUAGCCUUUGUGUAUAUGGUAAAUGUUUGUACUUUGCAGUUUCUGUUUUGCUUUUUAGAGAAAUAAAAUGUAUAUCGAUAUUUUUAAGUCAUCUUUGCUUUUUUAGAUGGGUUUGUAAUCACCUUAUAACAAAAUAAAAUGUUCCUUUAUAAAUUGAA